CUAUGAGUAUGAGCUGCUUGGUAGAUCCACCGGCCGACGGGCGUAGAAAAGCGAGUGUUCUGGAAAGGGCAGAGUAUCCACGACGAAGCUAGCUAGCGGACGGAGGUUGCAUACCUGUAUAUCUGUGAAGGUCGAGAGUCUUUAGUUUAGUAACCAGCUGUGCCUGAUCAACAAAAAAUAUUUGAUCUUGCCAGUCGUGGCAAGAACUCAUAUUGGUGCUGUAUAGCGACAAGUGCUCAAAAGAGGUUGGCUGAUCGUUGCCGUGACACGGCCAGAGCAAUGGCUGACACGCCAGCUACAGAAAUUAGAGUGGAGGCCCCAGCUGAGGACAAGCCGAAGGCUGCUAGUACGGACAACGGAGACACGGGGGAGAAGCAGCAAUCGAUGAAGGACCAGGAUGCAAAGCUUGCGGCAAAGUACGGAGGAAUGAACAGACCCACUGCAUCCUCGAUUGUUCAGAAGAGAAUAUCAAGAGGGGGCUGUCAAUUCUUUGACUCUGGUGACUAUAACAAGAACAAGAAGGACGGCAAGUCUCCUGCGGUGGCUGUUGGCGGUGGCACAACUGCAGCACCACUAGCUGUUACCCCCGGUGGCGCAGUCGACCCAGGUGUAUCCAAUCUCACCGCAAUACCCAAGAGAAUGCAGCGCAAGCCGUCCGGGGCCAGUCGCCUCGGUUUGCCAUCGCAUUCUCCGCCGAAGGGCGAGUAGGAGCCUGUCUGGACAGGCCGUUGAAAAGUCAUCGCCGUCGCCUCAGGACCGUGUGAUGGUUGCGCUCAAUCAGGCUGCUGUGUCUACGGUUGCACUCAAUCAGGCUGCUGUAUAUAGUAUUAUGGUUGCUUGUCCUGCAGACGUGCAUAUGCCAGUGGCUGGCCACAGCCGGUGCAUGGCUCUGCAGCAUAGUCAUAUGAUAAAGACGAUAUUCUCCAACCCCUAUUGCCAGCAGCAUGUCUGCCGGUCGCACGCAUGUGCAUGAUCUGUCUGAAUGCCUUGCGUCAAGACGUGCAAACAUACACAGCUGUGGGAAAUGUGACAGCUGCCCGCGCGUCUCGUGUAUUAACUCUUCUACUAUACAUAUAAUUAUUAUUCUCUUGCGCCCGCCCUCCACCUGGCUAACUUAGCAACCCGAUAUCAUAGCUGUGCCGGCUGCGGCAGUCUACAGGACUGGUGUUAUUUGUACUUGACCGCUAAGCCAUGCUGUUAGCAACAGAUGUAGUACACACUACAAUUACAGAUAGACACACACACUGGCACGUUUGCCAGGGGCGACAUCUUUAUCACACACAUAUUCAACAACGUAUUAAAAAGAAUGUAUGUCACUGGUUUG